CAGCCGGACAGAAUGCUGCCCUGCAAACACAGAGAGCUGCAGCCGCUGAGAACCCAGAUGUCAAUCCUUCCAGGUGUCAUCAUUUUGAUGCAGAAAAGGAGCUGCUACUGGAAUGGAGAAUACGACGUGGAGGUCUACGCGAAGCUGAAAAAAUCGCUGUCCUUUCCUCAUCUAGUCAACAAGUGCGAUGACCAGGACCAGACGCCUCUUAUAAAGGCUGUUGGUGAGAAAGCCAUCGCCUCUGUCAACGUUCUCCUUAGUGCCGGAGGAGAUCCAAACAUAGCCAACAAAUUAGGGGAGACAGCAGUCUACAAAGCUUGUGAGAAGGGCUCUGAGAAGAUACUUGAUGCUCUUUUAAAAGCUGGCGGGAACGCUGCCAGGGCAACCAUUAACAGAGUCUCACCUUUACAUGAGGCAGUGAAAAGCAAAAACCUCAACAUGUGUAAGAUGUUGGUAAAGGCUGGAGCAAAGUUGGGGGUUAAGAAUACAUAUGGACUUGAGCCGCUCUUCACAGCCGCUCAGUGCGGAUUCAUGGAGGCGCUGAAAUACUUUAUCACACUUGGUGGAAAUGUCAACACGCAGGCUAACGAUGGGGCAACAGCUUUGUAUGAAGCAUCUAAAAAUGGCCAUGAGGAGUGUGUAAGGCUACUGCUGUCUGAGAAAGCAAAUGCAAACCAAAGAAGCAAAUCGGGCUUAACUCCUCUACAUGUUGCGUCAAAGAAUGGACAUGUUAAUGUGGUUUUGCAACUGAUUCCUCGAACCAUCAGAACUAAGAUACAGCUCAGCAGUAUCAGCCCACUGCAUCUCGCAGCUGAAUGCAACCAAGACGAGGUCCUGGAGAUUCUCAUCCGAGAAGGCUUUGACGUCAACCAACAGCUGUCGCCUGAAUACUCAAAGAUGUACGAGGACCGUCGCACCACAGCACUGUACUUCGCUGUGCGGGGAGGCAAUGUGGAGGCGGCCUCCAUGCUGCUCGAGGCCGGCGCAGACCCAAACCUGGACCUCUUCAACCCUCUCCUGGUCGCUGUGAGAAAAGGCAACGUGGAGAUGGCGUCUCUGCUGAUUGAACAUGGUGGAAAUGUGAAUGCUUCCAUGCCAACGCAACUGACCACCUUCCCGGCUGCUAUGCUCUUCUGCAUAAAGCACAGAAGAAUGUCUAAGACACUGCUGGACAACGGGUUGGAUGCUGACGCCUGCUUCGACUGUAUCUAUGGGAACAACACGCAUCCUCCAGUCCAGAUAGACCGCUCCUCUAGGGAUGAUCCGAACCUGCGUGGGCUGGCAGUGCCUCUUGGUUCAACUGCACAGUUUUGUGAGGUGAUGGCAGAUCCCAUCAACUUGCCUUGGCUGGAAACGAUAAUCGAUAUGCUCUUAGAUUACACGGGCCACGUGAAACUCUGUUCAAGACUCUCAAACCUCCUGGACAGCACCAGCAAUGGCCAGUACAUCAAGGAUAAAGCAAAUCCACCGCUCGCCCUUCUACAACUGUGCCGCCUACAUAUCCGCAAGCUAGUGGGACAACAGCAACUGAGGCAAAUGAUCUCGCUGCCACUGCCCGAACGUCUCAUCAGACUGCUGUUUUACAACAAUUCAGAGUGGCAGUGAAGCUGCUUUGAAUAGUCUGCAUACAUGGGUUCUCAGUGUUUAUCAACACAAUGUUGUGAGGAGGGGCAAGACACUGGCAGCCAACCACGUGAGCUAAUUUGAUAUCGAAUAUUAUAUUCGAUAGCAGUUUCCAACAAUCAGAGGUUGAGUUGUGCGCAGCUAGGUUUGCGCAGUCAGGUUAUAAACAACAUUUAGAACCCUUUGUCAUUUGUCUGGUUUGGAGGAGUGCAGCUACAUGAAGCAGUUCUUUUUUAUUGCCUCACAUUUGCCAUGUAUGUAGAAUACUAUAGAGCUCGCAAGUGGGUGAUGUCACGUUGUAUGCGGCGGAUUAGCAUUUUAACUGCAUCCGGUUUGUAAAGAAAUUCCCACAAUACCAGCCAUAGGGAUACUUGUUGAACAAAAGUAUAAAGCGUUAACAAUCGGCAUUCACGUGUCCCCGCAUUCUUUCCUUAUCAACAAAAGGUACAACACAAUCAGAAACGAAACAUAACUAUAAUAAAAUAAUGUUGCUAUCCCCUAAUCGGGAAUUUUUGAGAACUACAUCUCACAUCUCACGUGAGCUCAAACCAGUUCCUGCUGCAAGGACUAGUCAAGUAAGCAGACUUCAGCUCGAUGGUAAGUUUUGAAAUUAAACCAAGGCAAUCAGACUUAAUGCAGUUAUGGCAUUCUUUGACUUUUAUCAAAAUAGUGUUGUGAGGAGUUAAAAACAACAUGUACCAGGGCUUGUUGAGAAAUAUUUCCAAAGUCUCGUACGGGAGUAUAGUGUAUGAUGGUUACCAUGGUUUACCAUGGAUACAGCCAGUGGCAUUUGAUACAAAUCUCCCUCGUGUAUUCUGACAGUUUUCCCGCUUUAGCAUGUUGAUAGCAACAUUGUAGGACUUGCUAUGGCAAGCCCGCUUAACUCAUUGACUGCCUUUGACGAAUUCCACCGUCUUUUUGAAUUGUGACACACCAUGCUAAUGAGCACACAAGUUUGUUUAUUGGAAUUGAAUUGAAACAGUAGGAGAGUGUGACAGCGUGUGUACAUGAUAGGCGUUGUUUUGCACAAACUCUCUCUGCUGCAUUCCUAAUAGUAAAGUGCUGUUUUUUGUGUGUACCUAGGUGCAAAAGUGUGACCAUGCUUAGCUAAAGCAGAUCAACAGAUUUUGACCAGAUGCCCAGAAUCUGGAGCAGCAGUGGCCAUAAACCCAAAGUUUAUGACCAAUAUGACCAAUUAGGCCUAUUGACCAAUGGCAUCAGACUCAUAAGAAUCCUCCUUGAUGACCACUCAGAGCAUGAAACCAUGUCAGUAGAGCAGACUACUGACUACAGUAGAGCAGACUCUCUGCCUCUCACUGCUAGACCUAUGCCAUGCAUACAGUCAAUCCGGAAAGUAUUCACAGCGCUUCACUUUUUUCACAUUUUAUUGUCUUACAGACUUAUUUCAAAUGCUACAAAUGAGUCUCUGUUGUCAAAAUCCUACACAAAUUAUUCCAUUACGACCAUGUGAACCAUCACUAUCUAAAGCAAAUGUGUUUAUCUUGGUCUCAUCAGACCACACGACAUGGUUCCAGUGAUCCAUAUCCUUGGUCUGUUCAUCUCUCUUGAGACCAAGAUAAACAAAUUAGCUUUGGAUGGCGUCAAGCAUGUGUGGUGGUAAACUAGUGAGUUUUACACAAAAAGUGCAUCAUCUGGCUAGUCAAGCAUGGUUGUGGAACUGACAUGGUUUGGCGAUGUAUGGAUGCCGUCAACAUUGGAAAUCUGAAUUACACCUAAAGAAGCAUGCAUGUUAACAUGCACUGUGACUACAGAAGCAGAUCAUGAUACUCUCCAUAGGAUUUCAUUCAAAACUCACACCCAUCUAUUUUAGCCAGGUGCAGACUCAAAAUGUACAAUUUCAAUGUACGGAAAGGUUGAAACACACACCGAUGACCUCCCUUUUAAUCCCUUUUCAUUUCGAAAUGAAAAAAGGAAUGUAGUUGCUGCCAAAGGUGGUUCUACAAAGUAUUAAGCAAAGGCUGUGAAUACUUAUGUAAAUAUGAUUUCUUUGUCUUUUAUUUUUAUAAAUUUUCAAAACUGUCGAGACGACUUGUUUUUCACAUGGUCAUAAUGGAAUAAUUUGUGUAGGAUUUUUACAACAGAGUUUCAUUUGUA